AUGUCCGAAACGACCACAUCUCCCUCGUCACCCUUGUCUUCGCGGUCUGCAUCUACCUCCUCUUCCAGCGCCCCACGCACUCCUCCCAACUUACACCAAAAUACCAUCGAUCCUGUUGCCAAAUGGCUCGUUCAAAAGUUUGGUGGAACAAGCGUUGGAAAGUUUGCUGUUAAAAUUGCCGAUGACAUAGUCUCGGAAUACCUUGAUCAACACAAAAUUGCGAUUGUAUGCUCUGCGCGCUCAGGCUCCACGAAAGCCCUCGGAACAACCAACCUGCUCCUGCGGGCAGCGAAGGAGGCGUUGCAGCGCACAAGUAGUCCUUCGGAAACUCCAGGGCAUAUGACUCCCGCCCUUUUCUCGCAAGUCCACUCUCCGAUAGACAGCCCCCGGCAGCGGAGUGUGUCAUCACCACGGACAGAGACGCACAAUCCGUUCACGACUGGUCAGUUCGGCAUGUCGUCUGUAACUCAAGACUCGCCAAUGUUCCAUUCUACUGUUGAUGUCAUUCGCUCGGAGCACAUAAAAGCAGCUCGUUCGUCCAUUCAGAGUGCUGAGAUCCUACGGGAGCUAGAAUUGGAGAUCGAGCGUGACUGCGAUGGACUAAGGUCGUUUCUCAUCGCAACUCAGGUCAUCGACGAGAUCUCUCCACGUUCCCGAGAUAGCAUCAUUGGGUUUGGGGAGAGGCUUGCAUGUAAGGUGAUGACGGCAAUACUGCGCGAUCGAGGCAUCGAUGCGGAAUACGUCAACCUAGAGCACAUAGUGCCUCUCACCGAAGAUGGAGAAGCUUCCUCUGACACGGACACGCUAGGUCAAGAUUUCUAUGACCACGUCGCCGAAGCAGUCGCCGAGCGCAUAAAACAAUGUGGCUCUCGUAUUCCCGUAGUGACAGGCUUUUUUGGCCCUGUUCCAGGCUCUCUAUUACGGCAAGUCGGGCGAGGAUAUACGGACCUCCUGGCAGCGUUGCUCGCCGCCGGUCUUGGCGCGUCGGAGCUCCAGAUCUGGAAGGAGGUGGACGGGAUCUUCACCGCAGACCCGCGAAAGGUCCCUACAGCGCGAUUGAUCCCGAUAAUCUCGCCAGAGGAGGCGGCCGAGCUCACAUACUACGGAAGUGAGGUCGUGCAUCCCUUCACGAUGGAGCAGGUCAUCCGUCGAAAAAUCCCCAUACGCAUUAAGAACGUAGAGAAUCCGAAGGGCGGGGGAACAGUGAUCCACCCCGACCCUGACAUUGAUGCCCUUCCUGACCUAUACCCAGAUGAAGAAAGGGUUAUAGCUAUUCCAGGGACCACAACCAUCUUCCGGCCACUCUCAGACCCGUCCAGCGAUUCUCCAGAGCGUAAAUUACCAACAGCGGUCACAAUCAAGGAGCGCAUUGUCGUGCUGAACGUGAACUCGAAUCGCAAGAGCGUAUCGCACGGGUUCCUUGCAGGCGUGUUUGGAACGCUUGACCGGUACGGGGUGGUCGUCGAUCUGAUCAGUACAAGUGAGGUCUAUGUGAGCAUGGCAAUUGAGGAUGGACUCGAUAAGAAGGUUAUGGAUCGCGUCGUUCGCGAGCUGAAAAAGAGCGGAACCGUGACCGUGAGCAGAGACAUGGCGAUCCUCUCGCUCGUCGGCAAACGCAUGCGCAAUAUGGUCGGAAUUGCGGGGAGGAUGUUCACUACGCUGGGGCAUGGCAACGUGAACAUCGAGAUGAUCAGCCAGGGCGCGAACGAGAUCAAUAUCUCAUGUGUGAUCGAUGCAAGAGAUGCCGUGAAAGCCUUGAACCUCAUCCAUCAGAGCUGCUUGCAGAUAAGGCCAGAGGGCGCUAGGGGUAGAGGUGCGUUUCGCUUUCCGGAUAAAGUGAUGUAUCUUGGUUGA